AUGGUGAAUCAGCAUCUGACAAACGGGAAGCCGAUGCUGAAUAAACUGGGUAAGAGUAUGAGCUCGCUGCUGGGGAAUAGUAAGACGCCUGUGCAUGUGGUGCAGAGUGGGCAGAGUUAUCAGGGUCAGCCUCAGGGUCAGGCUGCUGCUACGACUACUAGUCCGCAGCCGCAACAACAGCAGUGGGGUCAGGUGCAGCAACAACAGCAACAGCAACAGUGGGGGCAGGGGCAUCGUCCUUCUCCUCCUCCUCCUCCUCCUCCACCACCACCUCAGGUAUCGAGUCCAUAUCAGCAAUCGAGUUAUUUCACGUCGACUCCGGGACACUCGGGACAUGGUGGUUACUCACCGCAGCAAGCACCUGUGACUCAGUCGUAUACGCCGCCGCCAUCAGCUACUGCGUCGGGCUAUGCACCGCAACAUGGUCAUGGUCAUGGUCAUGGUCAUGGCCAAGCAGGACACAACGCAUAUUCGCCGGCGGUGCAGGAACUACCGGGCUCGUAUGCGGUACAAGAGAGCGGUGUUAUUGCAGGCACGCCAAAUCAUGCUGCGAAUACGCCUCUGCACAUGGCUGGACAAUCUCCACAAGCACAAUGGGGGAGCCCAAUCCCGGCAACACAUUCGUCGGGACCUCAACAACAGCCAAUGCAUCCCUUGCAGCAUGUGAGUUCUCCAGUUAGUCCAGUCAGCCCAGAACAGCAGCAGCAGCAGCAUUGGAGUGGCAUGUCGGCGCCCCCAAAGCCAUAUAGCCCAGUUCAUGGGCUGGCACCACAUCACUCUACCAGUCCGUCGCCAACACAACAGGGGAACGCGAUACCUCCUCCGCCGGCACAUCACCAAGCGGCAGCACACUUUGCACCGCCAACAUUCGCUGUAGAACUGCCCGCGGACCUCGGAAAUCUCAGCCUUGGUUCAGCGGAGCCGGCCAAGGACAAUGGACGUCGUCUGAGUGUGAGGGCAAGCGAGGUGCCGCAGGCUGGCACAUGGAGGCUUGCCGACGCAGCGACGGAAAGGGCGACGGAUGAAUUCUACGUCUUGGCCGACUUGCUUUUUGAUGCAUUGGACAGGCAGUUUGAGCCUAGGAACACGGGCCUGGUGGAGGGGUCCAAGUUGAUGGGGAGUUGUCUGCUGAGGUUAAAUGAGGAUGAAAAGCGGCUAUUUGCGCAUCAAUCUUACGGGGCGUUUGCCAAGAUGUGGAGCAUCGAAGGCAUCCCGCACGUCAUGGUGCCGUGCGAGGGCGCACUGACGCCGAUUUGGAACUUUGACAGAGUCACACACGGCCAACAUGUCAGAGUUGGCGAGAGCAGCAGAGCGUCGCAGGCGCAGUACAUGCCGGCGCUGAACCGGGCGGGAUGGUACAGUUUCUUGCUGGUCGAGGCGAUGCGUGCGCCCGAGGAGCUUGCCAAGGUCGUGGCAGCCGUGGGCGCGGACAGACAGCCGGCUGGGCUGCUGGCCAAGGUCGACCUCAACAAGCUUGAUCGAACCGUGGACCCGGCGGUGCGAGCCAGGGCGGGCGAGCUGCGGGCGUAUGCCAUUGCCCAAGCGUGCGACGAGACGAGGGUUGCUAUGGAUAGGGAUGGAGGCGGGGGGAGA